CCGCAUUGCUACAGAGGUGCCUUCUAUGCUUGCCUUCGAGCCAUAGACUGAGUUGACAUCCAAGCCUCCGUCAAGUCUCAAGGACAACAGGGAAAACCGCGCUACGUAUGAUAUGAGAAAACGACACUGGCCAUGGCGAAACUGAACGACCCUCCCCUUCCGCCUACGGAAAGUAUAGAAUCCCUGAAACGUCGCUUCAUCCGCCAAAACCGUGAAAUCGCCCGCGUCAAUUCGACGCAGUCGCAACGCAUCCGCAAUCUCGAGACAGAGAUCUCACGCCUGGUGGCUGAGAACAUAUCCUUAAGAGAACAAGCUAUAUCUGCGCAGGCGGAAGCGGAACGAUGGCGCGCAACGAGUUCUGUGAACGUGGAAAUUCUCGAUUUGAGAGACAGACUGAACAGGAAAGUCGAGGAGGUGGCUGAGAUGCUUGUUGAGAUGGGCAAUUUACCUGAAAAGGCGGCGAGGAAGGGGAGGCGGAAAAGUAGGCUCCUCAGGACGACGAUGAGUAGUGCUACGGAGCAAGAGUGGAGGAACAGGCAGUCAACCAGAGAAUCAUUCGCUCAAGAGACGGGAGAUUUGUAUGACGGAAGAUUGCCCGCCAUCCAUGAAGACAAGCUGUACCCGCGAAGGACGCUGGAGAAUGCUGAACUGUCAGCCUUGCGGGAAGAGGCUGCCCUGCAACAAGCGUCAGAAUCGCCGGAACUCGGGCCUCCCCCAGUUGCGCAUUUUGACGUUGUGUCAGAGUCCCUAGGCCUUGACUCGGCGCGGAUAUCUGAGGAUGAGAACGUUGGUGAAGAAGUCAUGCAGUUACCAUCGCUCCUGGAAAGGAGGCGAAAACGUCGAACGAGUACCCUCAUCCACGACCUACCGACAGAAGAGACCCCUGGACCAGAUGCACCGUCAAUAAGGCCCAGUGAGCAAUUACUGAAGUCAGGCGCAAAGAGGAAACUGGACGUCUCCGACCUCGACGAGCCUGUCCUUCAGCAGCCGUCUAAGGAGAAUGACGAUUUUGUCUUUCAGCGCCGGCAGGAGAUCUGGAGCAACGCCACUGUCAACAGCAAAAAGGCCUCCAGAUUUACGAGGCCGCCAGGGCGAGAAAGCGGAGAUGCGACGGAACUUGUGAAGCAACCAAGCCCUCAGAAGCCCACUGGGGCUACUAGGAAGAUACUCGCGCCCAAGAGUACGAACUCACCUGCGAAGCGAAGGGUUCAAGUGCCCGAAAAACUCAAGGACGAUCGAGAUCUGCAGGAAAAGCACCCCAUUAUCAAACCAACACGGCAGAAAGAGCCUCAAGCACAUGUGGUCAUUGACAGACUUAUCGGAGUGCCGAAUGAUGAUGACGCAGAAAAGGACAUUCCGCCAAAGACUCCAGCUGGAGAAGCCGGCGACAUUCUAUCACCCGUGUCCACAGAGCCAUCUACUCGAACAUCCCACCAGACGAAAGAAGCGGCGGUUCUGAACUCAGUGGAGGAUGUGCUUAACGGGAGCAUAGGGCGGGGAUCUCGACGCCCAAGACCGCAAAUCAGCUAUGCCGAACCUAACCUGAGAGAUAAGAUGAGAAGGCCCGGCAAAGGUCUAGUUGGGGCCGUGGAGGGCAUUGAGAAGCAAAGAGAAAAUGCUUCAGGCAACAGAGGCACAAGUAUGGACCGGGCGAAAUCUGAAGACCCCGGAGUCCAGCAAGAGGACGAAAUCAAUGGCAAGGAUGAAAGAUGGAAGGGUCUAGCAAUACAGACCUCGACUGCUCGCGGGAAGGAGGAGCCAUUUAGUCCCUUGAGGGGUAAAGAGAGGAAGGAAAAAGAACAUGAUGAGACCAAGAAGGCGGGCAAGCAACCAAAACCCAACACUGAGGAAGAGCUCGGGAAUGCUGUGGAUCGAUUGAGUAUUUUCGAUCCGCCACUCUCCUCUCCGGCCGACGAUUCAAAAGAAACACAGACCGACACAGAAGGGAACAAAUCGUCAAAAAGUUCGGCAGGAGCCAGACGGAAACCCUUGUCAAGCUCUACCGGUACAACUAGGAGGCAUUCUAUGCAGCCUUCGGCCUCUUCAGGGGAAUCCGCUGGCCUCCAUUCCGCCUCUCGCCAGCUCUCUUACGAUGCAUUAAAAUCCGACACACAAGCGCCUCUCCCACGACCAAGCUCUGCGGCGAGUCUGCGUGGGGAUGGUGCGUCCAGGAGCAGAACUUCGGCAGUAAAGGAUCUUAAGCGCUCACACAGCGUAAGUUCCAGCCUAAAAGACAAAGAACCGGCAACUUCUGGUGCCGAAACAGGACUCGCGACUUCGAGGGUCGAAAGAGCACUGAACCGACGGCGAAGUAUGAUGGUAUAGUAACCAUGAGGGUGACCAAUUCGGCGUGAUUGAUGUCUAUCCCUGAACCCAGACGUUUCUUUGGCGACCUCGAGGUCAAGUUGUUGGAUCUUUCCUUUGCUGUAGGACUUGGACAGCAUUAAUGACUCGAAACGCGAAUUCCAAACUUUUCUGUCAUUCAGCCGAACGACAUCUUAGAAAACGG